CUACCCGCCGCAGAACAUGAGCUCCCUUCUCUCUGAGCGGACGCACACCAAUACAGAUGGUUUCAUUACGGCGUCCCGCUUCAUGCUGACCGAAACUGCUGUUGUUUAGGAUAGAAACUCCCCCCUGCCCUGUGACCGGUUGUGAUUUUUGGAUGCGCCAUGCAAUCUCGCUGGUGGAGUUGUGGAAUUCGGCUGGUGGCAUGGACGUGGGUUUGGAGUCUGGCGUUGCACGGAGCAUGGUGCAUCCCCGCAAAUGAAGUGAACCUGCUGGAUUCUCGCUCUGUGGUGGGUGACCUAGGAUGGGUGGCCUAUCCUAACAAUGGGUGGGAGGAGAUCGGGGAAGUAGACGAAGACUACGCUCCCAUCCACACCUACCAAGUGUGCCGGGUGAUGGAGCAGAACCAGAACAACUGGCUCCACACCAACUGGAUCCUGACGGAGGGCGCCCAGCGGGUCUUCAUCGAGCUCAAGUUCACCCUGAGAGACUGCAACAGCCUGCCCGGGGGGGUUGGGACCUGCAAGGAGACGUUUAACAUGUACUACUACGAAACGGACGAGGGCGACGAGGAAAUUGACGGAGAGAUGAACGAUGGGACGGGGAUGACGGAGGAGGUGGACAGGGCGAUGAAGGAGAGCAGAUACUUCAAAGUGGACACCAUAGCAGCUGAUGAGAGCUUCACAGAGCUGGACCUCGGGGACCGCGUGAUGAAGCUCAAUACCGAAGUCCGCGAUUUAGGCCCCCUGACCCAGAAGGGCUUCUACCUGGCGUUUCAGGAUCUGGGGGCCUGCAUCGCUUUGGUCUCGGUGCGUGUUUUCUACAAACGCUGCCCGUUUUUGGUGAAGAGUUUGGCCGAGUUCCCCGACACCAUCCCGGGCUCAGAAGCCUCGCAGCUGGUGGAGGUGGUGGGCCGCUGCGUCAAUAACUCUCUGCCUUUAUAUGAGCCUCCCAGGAUGCACUGCAGCACGGAGGGCGAAUGGCUGGUGCCGAUAGGGAAGUGUGUGUGCCAGCCGGGAUUUGAGGAAAUCAACGGAUCCUGUCAAGUCUGCAAAGUGGGGUUUUACCGCUCGCUGCUGGAGUCUCCGGCCUGCAGUAAAUGUCCCCCGCACAGUGUGGCCAGGCAGAUGGGAGCCACCGCCUGCAGUUGUGAGGAUGGGUGGUAUAAGAUCGACUCCGACCCUCCCAACAUGGCUUGCACACGCCCUCCAUCUGCUCCACGCAACGCUAUCUCCAACGUCAACGAGACCAGCGUCUUCCUGGAGUGGUCCGUCCCCAUGGAAACGGGUAACAGGAAGGACGUGUGCUACAACAUCCUGUGCAGACAGGUCCUGCCAGAGGGGAGGGGCUUGGAAGAAUGCGGCCCAAACGUGCGUUUCCUGCCCCGACGCGUCGGCCUGUCAAAUACGUCGGUCAUGGUGGCCGACCUGCAGUCACACACCAACUACAGCUUCCUGCUGGAGGCCGUCAACGGGGUGUCAGAGCUGGCAAAAGAGCACGCCAAGCAGUAUGUGUCACUCAAUGUGACAACCAAUCAGGCAGCGCCGUCCCCGGUGAGCGUGGUGAGGAAAGGUGUGACGGGGAAGAGCAGCAUCGCCAUUUCUUGGGCGGAGCCUGACCGCCCCAACGGCAUCAUCCUGGAGUAUGAGAUCAAGUAUUUUGAAAAGGAGCAGGACUCCAGUUAUACCAUUAUAAAAUCCAAGGAGACUGAGAUGGUGGUGGAAGGCCUGAAGCCCUCUUCAGCCUACAUCUUCCAGGUGAGAGCCAGGACCUCGGCAGGCUACGGCGCAUUUAGCCGACGUUUUGAAUUCCAGACCAGCCCUUACUUAACUGCAACCAGUGAGCGUGCUCAAGCCUCGAUCGUAGCGGUGGCCAUCACGUUGGCUCUGGUCCUGCUGGCGGUGGUCGCUGGAUUCCUGCUAAGUGGACGGCGGUGUGGCUACAGCAAAGCAAAGCAGGAUCCCGAAGAGGAGAAAAUGCACUUCCAUAAUGGUCACAUAAAGUUCCCUGGCGUGCGCACCUACAUUGACCCGCUCACCUAUGAAGAUCCCAACCAGGCGGUGCAUGAAUUUGCUCAGGAGAUCGACGUCUCGUUCAUCUCCAUAGAGAGGAUCAUCGGAGCUGGGGAGUUUGGUGAGGUGUGCAGCGGACCACUGAGGCUUCCCGGGAAAAGAGAGAUCCAGGUUGCCAUCAAGACCUUGAAAGUAGGCUACACGGAACAGCAGAGGCGCGACUUCCUGUGGGAAGCGUCCAUCAUGGGCCAGUUCAACCAUCCGAACAUCAUCCGUCUGGAGGGCGUGGUCACCAAGAGCAAGCCAGUGAUGAUCAUCACUGAAUACAUGGAGAACGGAUCACUGGACACUUUUCUCAAGAAAAACGAUGGCCAGUUUACUGUAAUCCAGCUGGUUGGGAUGCUGCGGGGAAUUGCCUCUGGCAUGAGAUAUCUCUCCGACAUGGGCUACGUUCACCGUGAUCUCGCGGCCCGUAACAUCCUGGUCAACAGUAACCUGGUGUCUAAAGUGUCAGAUUUCGGCCUGUCCCGAGUCCUGGAAGAUGACGCAGAGGCUACGUACACCACACGGGGUGGGAAGAUUCCUAUUCGCUGGACGGCUCCCGAGGCGAUCGCUUACAGGAAGUUCACCUCGGCCAGCGACGUUUGGAGUUACGGGAUCGUCAUGUGGGAAGUGAUGUCAUAUGGAGAGAGGCCAUACUGGGAGAUGUCCAAUCAAGAUGUAAUAAAGGCAGUGGAGGAGAGCUAUAGGUUGCCGGGUCCUAUGGACUGCCCCGAGGCUCUGUACCAUCUAAUGAUGGACUGCUGGCAGCGAGAACGCAGCAACCGGCCCAAGUUUGAUGAAAUCGUCUGUCUACUAGACAAACUCAUACGCAAUCCCAGCUCAUUAAAAAAACUGGUCAACUCUUCACACAGGGUUUCCAACCUGUUAGUGGAGCAUGCCAGUGUGGAGGGGAGCUGCAGCGCUCGGAGUCAGACGGUGGGCGAGUGGCUCGACUCCAUCAAGAUGGGGCGCUACACUGAGCUCUUCAUGGAAGGAGGUUACUCUUCACUGGAGACAGUGGCUCAGAUGACUUCAGAGGAUCUCCGAAGAGUAGGAGUGAGCCUUGCCGGUCAUCAAAAAAAAAUUAUCACUAGCAUUCAAGAGAUGAGAGUCCAUAUGAACAGCACCAACUCUACUGUAAACAUCUGAUGCAUAUGUACAGGCAUGCGCACACACACAAAUACACACAGUAUAUGGACCUAGUAUGUGACGAAAAAGACUGAGAUUUGCAGCUUAGCACUUUCUACGGACAAAGGCACCCGAUGUUUAUGGAUCUAAACUGGAGAAUCCACACAUUUGUGGUUGGUGUGUGUGGAGUUUGCUUGUGGUGUCAUCGGGGGGAUUUGACAUUGCAGCAGUUAAACCAAACUGAACUGAACUGAACUGAGUGGUGCUUCACCGAGGAAAGAGAGCGUGGGGCAACAUCAUUUUAAAUAUUCAGUUUCUGUGACUCUUGAGCAUUGUGAAGUCUCUGUUUGGAUUCUCUCAGAUCAAACAUGAAUCAUAGCCUGCAGAUCUGGCUCUGAGAGCAACCAGCACUUUUUGGCUCUAUAACAAAUAUGGGAGUUUCACGCAGCAGGCUCAAACUGAACUUUCUCAGCCUGUUUCAGGUGAUUUGAACCCAGUGGAUCUGAACAUUUUGUCUGACAAUUCUCUCUGGAAAUGGAGUUCCAUCACGAGUCAUUGAGCUGAUCGCCAUUCUCAGGUGGGGAAAAUGUAAUAAUGCAUCAAGAGCAACGUGAUCAUUAGCUUCAGUCUUUGCUUUGCCAUGCUGAUGUGCUUUGGAUGUUGUUUUCCUGACUCAGGCAGGUCUUCAUGCGACAGGACUUCAUUUUUAACACAGCUGUACCAGACUCAUAUUUAGCAUCAUAUACGCUAUUAUCUUCUAAAGCAAGACAAGAUUACAAAAUGAACAACUUCGUUGUUGAAAGAGACUGAAUAUAUAUAAUAGAAUAGUCUUUGACAAGUGACCCGUCUUGGUCUAGCUUUGUCCAGAAAAGUUUUGGUUUUAUCGAAACAAAGUUAGAAAAACCAUGAGAAAAUACAGGUCUUUACGAAUAAUGACUCCUCUGGCUGAAUGUAUAGCACUACACAACACAUUACGCUUGGUUGCAGCAUCAACUUGGUAUUCAAAUGCUAUCGAAUAGGGCUAGAAUGUGAGGAUAGAACCAUUCUGGUCCUAAAUCUAGCUUCUGAAUGAAUCUGAUGAUUGUAGAAGACAUUGAGCUGGCAUCCUGUCAUCUUUGCUCUGAAACUGUAGAAAUUCCCAAAAAUACCUUGAUGGGUUUUUGAAAAACUCAUUAAGUUAUCAAGUCCUAAACCACACAGAUUCUGAUUUAAAAUGGCUUCAUCUAACUGUAUACUUUACGCAUGUUUUAUUGGGAAUUUCACUCGGAUGCCGGUCAACCCUUUGUUCUAGCAACAUCAUCAAAAUCAGUCAGCUUCACCUCGAGGUAUAGAAAGAACUGAGAUCUACUGGAACCAAUUAUCUGAUACUGAUAGAUCCUUCUCCUAGAUUCUGAUAGACCUUCAUACACGUUCUACAAUGGACAUUGAAAAUGCCAUGUUCUAAUGGAAAUAUCACGUCAUGUUUCAAGGAACUUCAAGGAGGAUUCAGCUGGGAGAUUCAUAUGGAAAUGCAAGUACUGUUUGAUCAAUCCGGAUGAACGAUUGCUCUAGUGAUUGAUUAAGGAACUUCCAUUCAGAUUCUCAUGGAAAGGAUUGCCCCGAUUCUGGUGGUACUGUUUACUGUCAUUUUUAUGGAACCCUUCGCUCAGAUUUUAAUGAUAUCUCUACUAGGAUUCCAAUGCAGCCUUCACUCAAGAGUGCACUCAGAUUUUAUGGAGCCUUCACUUACAACCGACAACCUUCAGGUACCGCAGGAAACCCUCAGCAAUCUGUUCAGUUCACCAAGCCGUAGUCUCUCUCCACUACCUGUCUGACACAUCACAAUACACCUCAUUCUUAUGGAACUGCUGAAGAAAAAGGAGGCAAUAUUGAUAAUCAUUUAUUUAUUUAUAAUUGUUUUUAAAAAAUGAGUAAAAUGGUGUUUGUUUCAUCGUUAUACUCUCUCUUGGACUACUGAGCAGCUCUGCCUACAUGUCUUUCAUGUAUAUAAUGUAUUAUAUAUUUAAAGCAGGGAGCAUUGUUCUUCUGUCUACCAUCCUGUGGACAAGUUGGUAUUGAUCAAGCAUCUCAUUAGUAAAUAGUGACAAUUAUUCUGAAUCAGCAUUCCUGCUACUCUGGCACUCUGAGGUGGGGGCAACCAGCACAUCUGUCUUCAUAUAUGGGUGCCCAAAAGGGUAGCAAAAUUAUCAAAUAUUCAUGUUUUGUUGAUGGUAAUUGUGUUUCAUUUCAAGUUUUGGUGAAAGACCUAGAAAUAUUUCCAGAGGCCCUCAAUGAGACAUACUUGCAGGUGUGGGCACAGGGAUGGAUAUAUGUACUUCUGAUAUGGUUUAAAGGUAUACAAUGAUGUCAAUGACCAAUCCCUUGCUUUACUUCUCUUUGGUAUGUCAAAAAUUGCUACUCGGUGCUUUAUUGAUAAAACGUAACCCUUCCCCCUUUUGUUCAUCUGAGCGGCAAAUUAGUUCUGACGGUAUAUUUAUCUUCUUUGCAGAUGACAUACUAAUAUUUUUCUUGGUAAUACGCAGUGUACUGCUAGUGCUGUGGCUUAAGAGUGGAAACGAAAUGAGAUUGUAAAGUUAGUUUUUUAAGAAGUGGUUUCUCCUGACUGUUUGAAGAGUAUAGAAAAGCACAGAAGAAGAUUGUAAGGUUUUAAAGGGGGUAUUUCACUUUUUUUGGAGGAAAUGUCCCUCGAGGAGUUAAAUAGAGGGCCUCAUUGGUGGAAAAAAGCCACCUUACUUGCCACCUGAUCAAGAUUACAUUGCAUUUAGCUGACGCUUUUGUCCAAAGCGACUUACAAUAAGUACAUUCGACCAGGAAGACACAACCUUGAAGAAAACAGAAUCAUAUAAGUAUAUCAGGUUUCAUAGAGCCAAACAUUUCAAGUGCUACUCAACUGGCUUUAGGUAA